AUGGACGGACAGGCCGCCAAUGGCGCAGCCAAUAUGGCCCAAAACGCUACCCCAAUCAAUGGCGGGAACUCCGACGUAAUUUCCCAAAUUCAUCAAGCGCUCGAGGCGGUACACAAUCCCUACUCGUCAAACGAUGCGCGUCGAGACGCUCAGUCCUUUCUUGAAAACAUUAAGGGCGUAGACGAAGCUCCAUUUCACGGCUUUACCCUUGCCUCCGAUAAAUCCCAAUCACCAGUCGUACGGCACUACGCCUUAUCUCUCCUAGAGUAUGCGAUCAAGCAGAGAUGGGCAGAAUACAACGAAGAGCAGUCGACGACCCUUCGUGGAUGGGUGCUGGAGCUCUGUCGAAAUCUCUCCAAAGACGAUCCGCUAUAUAUCAGAAACAAAACGGCCCAGUUGUGGGUUGAGAUCGCAAAAAGAUGUUGGGGCUCUGAGUGGAUGGACAUGGACGAGCUUUUGCUCCGCCUCUGGCAAAUACCUGAUUCUGCCGUUCACAAGGAGCUCGUUCUCUUCGUUCUUGAGACAUUAUCUGACGAAGUUUUCAACGGUGACGAUGCUGUGGUCGCGAUGCGCGAGGGCGUGCUCAGCAGAAGUUGCGUCGAAAUUUUCACGCCUGCUGCCGUUCUGAGAGAGGCAUUCCCCAACAGAACUGCUGGUCCCGAAGUGCGCUAUGGAGAUGAAGGCUGGCUGAGCCGGGUUGCCGAAUUCCUAAAUCAAUGUCUCCAAGGCGACGCUCAAAACGAUGAUCAGAUUCGGUCCUGUGCUGUAAAGUCUCUGUCCGUUUUUCACUCUCUUAUGCCAUGGGCAAUUCCCAAAGCUGUUGCCAUCGCCAACUGCGUCCCGGUCAUGUGCAGAGCGCUUGCAACGCCUGAAGUUUCUAUUCAGAAGGCAUCCUUGGAGGCUUUGCAUGCACUCUACUCCCGUUCAAAUUUCACAGAGCAAGAGUUUAAGGACCUCGUUGCACCAAUGUAUGACUCUAGCUCGGUUGACCUACUAAAGAGACUCUUUGAAUGGUCUGCCGUUGACGUAGAAGACAUUGAUGAAGACAAGUACCAGUUUGGAAAGAAAUUCUCUGAAAUGUUGUCUCUCCUUGGCAACUAUCUAGAUCGAAGGUUCUCUGCCAUUCCAACAAGCUCAGAUGUGCAUGGGUUUCUCAAUCUGCUGCUUCUCACUGUACAAAGCCAAAGUCUCAUCAUUGCAAUCCCAGUCUUGGCUACAUGGACGCGCCUUCUUAACAAUAGGUUGAUUGGGCAGAGUCCAGCCAACGCUCAUCUGGUUGGGCCACUCCUCGAAGUCUGCGGUUCUCGCCUUAUUCGCUAUGAGAAUUUACCGGAGGACACUCAGGAUCCAACCUUCCUAUUCCUGAUGGAGGAUACUGACACUGUCCCUGAGCGACAUGCUUUCCUUGGGAAUUACAGGAGAUUCAGCACGCAGAUCAUUGAAACAAUUGUGCAGCUAAAAUUGUCUGAUGCUGUUUAUCAUAUUCUCGGCCAGGCGGAGCAAGUCCUGCAACAUUUAUAUGACGGCCACCCGCCAAUGGACAUCAUGAAAUACGUCAAACACUCGAUGCCUGUUUUACGUGUCGACGCACAAUUUACCGUCAUUGAAGCUGCGCUCAAAGGUUAUUUGAAGUGGAGAGCAAGCACGACACAGCAGAGCCUGCCAGACUAUGAACAGCAGCGCGCUGCCAUUGAGAGAGACCUCGAAUCGUGGUGCAACAAGCUCCUGGAAAUGAAGUUUGAGGACCCCUUGAUUCGAAAGAGAGUUCUGCAGCUGCUGGUCGCUUUUUCCACCACUGCUCUGGAUAAGAAUCCAGGCUUCAUGCUCAAAGUGCUUGAACACAUCCUCCUGACCUGGCCUGCACCCCAACCAGAGCAUCGCGCCUUCAACGAGUCGAUUAAGGAUUUCCAAUCCGAGAGCAUGGUCGAGUUGCAAAGGCUUGCAUCAAAGGUACCAGAUCAUUUGCUUGCCGUGUACGACCAAAUAGAAGCAAAGGUCAACGACAUGAUCUCAUCUGGCAGCUUGGACGAAAAGCGCCAAAUUGCAUAUCAGAGUUUCCUCUUCAUCAUCAUCCACCGUGCUACCAACAUUGACCCAGCCAAGCAACUCAAGCGGCUUCAGGACUUUAUUAAGCCUGUUACAGCUUUGUGGCAGAACCAAGAAAUGAAGAGCGCGUUGGCGUCAUACUCUGGUUUCUGCGAACUAAUGGCCUUGGACAAGGCCAAGCGAUACCUGAUAAGCCACCGGGUGAGCGAAGUGAAGGACUGGGGCUCUUGCGAAUUGGAUGCGGAAGGCCUGGCUCUUCAGAACGAGCUGGAAGAGAGACAAAAGUUGCUACCACUUCGUCCCACCAAGUCGUUCUUAUCUUUCUCUGUAGAAAAGCUUGAGAAAUCAUCGACACCCUUCCAAAUCUCAUAUCGCCUCUGGAACGAUACAUUCCCUAUAAUUCUUCCGGACCUGUUGCAGUUCCUCAGCCAUGCUCAUGCCUCGCAUAAUCCAGAUAAUUGGACUGAGCUGUCUUCAGAAAUGCGCUCGGUUGUUGGCAGCGUCCUGAGCGACCGCUUUUGGCAGGCAGGUAUCUCCGAGGGCAGCAAAGACGAGUUCUACGCACGGGUCAUGGACAAAAAAAACACGCUCGAAGGCCUUGCAUCUACAAUCCGUGGAACAGUUAGGUUCGUCCGAGAAACUUGCUAUGCCAUCAUUUACUGCAUGAGUCGAUUGGAGAUGCAGUUUUACGGCUUCAAUGAAUUGCCCGGACCUCUUGCGCAAGCUCUUUUCCAGAACUCUUUCUAUUUAUCGGCUCAUCAGCAGAUCAACCUACUUAAUUUAGUGCGAUAUCUUGUGGAUGACUGCCCGCUCGAGCAGCGGGAACACUUCCUUCCUCCGCUGCUGGCUGCCUGUUUUCAGCAGAUGGACGCCAAGAUCAACUCGGAAUGGGAGAAGCUGGAGCGUCAGCAAGCUAUCCAGGCUGCCGCUGAUGCGCUGACCGAGGAGAUGAAGUCAGAAAGUAUUUUGCGGCAAGUGACAUACACUGCUGUGAUCAUGGUAGCAGAUUUUCUUGACCCAACUAAGAGAAAUCCUCCGCCUUUGAGGCCGCAAAAUGGUCAUGAGCAGCCUCGUAAAUUCCCGUCACUCAGAAAAUUUUGCUUGAUGCAGUCUAUCAUUGUGGAGCCGCUGCUCCUUUUCUGUACCCACGCAAUCCGAAUGAGAGACACGCGGUGCUGCAGCAUAAUUUUGCGAGUGUUCCGAUCCAUUAUUCCGGAGUUUCACUUGACGGAACCUCUCUCACCAAAAUCUGUACCAACACAAGAUGGCAACGAUUCGGUCAUUACCGGCAGGGACCCAUACCUUGAUACAGCCCCAAUAUCUUCUGAUGCGGCUUCGGCGAUCAGGGAGUACAUUGCCUCGGACGUCCUCCGUGCUUGCAUCACGUCUUUUCAUGAGCCCUACUUUGUAGACCUCCAGAAAGACCUAGCCUCCCUGAUUGCCUCUAUUGUGGUGUAUUAUAGCCCAUUAACGAAUACACCGAGAGAUGUGCUUCUGUCGCUGCCCAACGUCAGAGCAGCCGACCUCGACAAGUUGAAUGACUUCGUCUCUAAACCAUCUUCUCAUACACGCCAGCAGCGUGCGCUCGUCCUCGAUCUUCUAAAAGAUCUCAAAGGAGUAAGCGUUGCUGAGAUGGGCAAGCUACCCAAAAACAGCAGUUUCGGGCGAAUCAAGAGGUCAGCUCGUAGCAAAAUGGCACAGGAGUUUAUGACACCAGCGAAUGACGCAACAACACGUAGCGGGGCUGUUCCUGGAGCUCGUCGAGGCACGCCUGACGGCUUGGAGGGAGUAGCCAAUCUAUUUGAUACUUAG